CGGAGGCGCUUUUCUCGCGCGCCGCGGUUGCCGCGGUCAACUUCGAUUUUUUUGGUUAAUCUAAAGUUCUAAAUAAUUUAUGUUAAAAUAAUUUUUUAUGCACGAAAUUAAAAGUGGUUCAGGCUGUCAGGUUUCUCUCUGAAUCUAGGAGGGGAGUUUAGGCUGUUUGGGGGGAUCUUAGUAGGAAAUCCUCGUUACUCGCCUAACCUAUUUUGCCUGUGUUGGCGAGGUUAUAAUUUUACAAUCAGUAAAAAUUAAUUAUGUACUUCGAGAUUUAAAUAUAUACGUGUACAAACUUAAAAUACACAUAAUUUAAUUACUGCUAAUUGAGUCAAAUUACUAUUUUAACGUGUCAAUUAUGUGACAGUUAUAUGAAGCUUAUACUUUAAAUUAGGCAUAGAGAGAAAAAUUAAUAUAUGAAUAUAUAAUAAACAAAGGAGAUUUGUGAAAUAACGAUGACUGAAUCGACGCGAUUUACCGAGCCUCCACCCAUCUGGCCUGAUAUUAAAUCAGAACUACGGGAAUACAUUGAAUGCCCUGAACGAUUACCUAUACAUCAGCUGGACAGUACCCAACGUUAUUGGCCACGCAGAGCAGAUGUUCUUUCGUUGUUGGAAUUUGAUUUGGCUCCGGUCAGUACCACGCUGAGAUUUGACCGUGAUCCAGUAACGGGGAAAAUUGGCGAGAUACAAGAGAUCUGCUUACAAGGUGCAGGGGAAACGGCAAGGAAUUCUAUGUCUAUGACUCGUGCGCCUGGAUCACUUGCAGACGGAGUUCGAGGUAAUCCUAGUAAUAUUCCAUUUUGGCCUGGUGGUUUUGAAGAGCCUGAAGUACCUGAAAAUGAAAUCGUUAUUAACGACAUUGACUUCGAGAAGAAUUUAAGGACAUUAGCCAAAGGAUUUAGCUCGGGUUUAGAAUUUGAAAGUGACAAUUGCACACCAAUCAAUUGCACGAGGAACGAAACAGAAAUUUCAUUGUCUGAAGAAACUGAAAAAUUAAUAAUCAAUAAUGAUAAUAUAAAUUUAAUGUCUGUUGUACACGAGGAGGGAAAUUUGCUUGGCUCAUCGUCUUCAGUUGAGGAGCCGAGAAAAGAGAACGUUCAAGUUUCGGACAGCAACAUUCCCUUUAAAGAAAAUUCUACUUUACCCAAAGAUAUAAGUAUACCUGUCUUGAAAAUAUCCGAGAAACAAACAGAACUUUCAAAGACAGAAUGGGCGGAGCAGCUUGAUGUAUCCGCACCAGUAACUGACUUUGACAAGAGAAUACCUGACCCAGCAAUCAAAUUCAAUUAUGAACUGGACACCUUUCAGAAACAAGCUAUUCUUAAAUUGGAAGAGAAUAGCAACGUCUUCGUUGCUGCGCAUACAUCAGCGGGAAAGACUACUGUUGCUGAAUAUGCCAUUGCAUUGAGCCAAAAGCAUAUGACGAGAGUGAUUUAUACGUCUCCCAUAAAAGCACUGUCAAAUCAAAAAUAUCGUGAUUUUAAGAGAAAGUUUGAAAGCGUUGGGUUACUAACAGGUGAUUUGCAAAUAAAUCAAACUGCUUCAUGUCUAAUCAUGACAACGGAGAUCCUACAAUCAAUGUUGUAUUGUGCAUCCGAUGUUCUACGGGAUCUAGAAUUUGUUAUAUUUGACGAAGUGCAUUAUAUAAAUAAUGAAGAUAGAGGUCACGUAUGGGAAGAAAUAGUCAUUCUUUUACCACAGAAUAUUAAUAUAGUAAUGUUAUCUGCGACUGUACCAAAUCCAAUAAUAUUUGCGGAUUGGGUCGGUCGUAUCAAAAAGCGAAGGAUGUACGUGAUUAGCACUUUGAAAAGACCCAUACCUCUUUUACAUUACUUGUACACUGGCACUGACGGUAAGACUAAGGAUGACAAAUUCUUGGUCCUUGAUAGCAACGGCCAGUUUUUAUUGGAUGGAUGGUACAAAGCGACAAAUACAUCCGAUAAAAAGAAAGACAAAACCCCAAAGGACUGUAGAAGAAGAAUUCAAAUGACGCCGAAACAAGAAGAGGUAUUAUGGAGAGCAUUUGUAAGCCAUCUUCAGAGCAAUGAUAUGUUACCCGUUGUCGUAUUUACUCUGUCGAGGAAACGCUGUGAUAUGAAUGCUGCUACGUUAAGAAAUCUUGAUUUAACGACUGCGAGGGAAAAGCAUCAAGUACAUGUAUUUUUCCAAUCUAACAUAAAACACCUGAAGGGUAGCGACAGAGAACUACCACAAGUACUUAUGAUGCAAGAGCUCUUAGGAAAAGGAGUGGGUAUACAUCAUAGUGGGAUACUGCCAAUUUUGAGAGAGAUCGUAGAAAUGUUAUUUCAGAGUGGAGUUGUGAAGUUACUAUUCGCGACAGAAACUUUUGCUAUGGGAGUCAACAUGCCAGCGCGCACGGUGGUGUUCGAUUCUAUACGAAAGUACGACGGAAGCAACUUUCGUACCCUGUAUCCGACUGAAUACAUACAGAUGGCUGGUCGUGCCGGACGGCGAGGUCAUGACAGCACGGGAACUGUUAUAGUGAUGUGCAGAAACGACGUGCCACACUUUAACGACUUGAAACCUAUGAUGUGCGGUGAGCCGCAAACAUUAGAAUCGAAAUUUAAAGUCACGUAUUCCAUGCUUCUAAAUUUGAGAAGGGUAAAUGAAUCCGUCACCGUUGAGGCGAUGAUGCGCAAAUCUUUCAAGGAAUCGCCAUUGGCCUCGCAGGAAGCGACAUAUAACAACGAGUUACGGAAAAUCGAGCGCGAAUUGUCGAACUUGCCGCCUUUGACCGAUAUGCAAAAAAUACUCUCUGCAUUCUAUCACAAGGCGGUCGAUUAUCUGGAAGAUGUUAAAUUCUUGAACCCUUAUUUAUUCGAUUCGAGAAAAACAGCGAAAAGUUUAACUGAGGGUAGAGUCUUGUUAAUAUCCUACGUGAAUCAUUACAACAAACUAGCCCUAUUAUUGAAAGUUCACUAUCACAAAAGCUCUAUUCAAUACAAAGUCUUGAUACUUAAGGACACGAAUGCACCCACUUUCGAAGAUGUUGAAUUCAAAAGUCCUCAGAUAUUCGAGAAAUGGUGCGAGAUUAUGAGCCUGACAAAAAAAGAGAUAUUUGUCCCAAGCACUAAUCCGUCACACGAGGUUCUGACUAUAUUUCCAUGGCACAUAUUGAAAAUAACUAAUUGUCAGAUAAAAGUUGAUUGUUCUUUGGUAUUAAAUGAUUGGGAAAAGAGACAAAUCUCACGAUUCAAAAACGAUCCACCGGGACAAACAUGUCAGACAGCGGUUCAAGAAUUGACUUCUCUAUCAUUUAACGCUUCUAUCAAGCCUCACAUCCUACAACCGUAUAUCAAGCCCUCGUCGAAAAAUGAUUUUCAAUUGAGGAUACAACAUAGGGACAAAUUAAAAGCUAAUCUGGGCGAUAUGAAGUGCAAGGAAAUACCAAACUUUGAAGAACAAUUCAGACCUGUAUUCGAACGGAAUCAACUUGAGGAUAAAAUGCGACAGCUUCAACUUAAACUCAGCGAUGAAGGAAUGGCAUUGUACCCUGAUUACCUAAAUAUGGUAGCACUCCUUAAACAUUUUAAAUACAUAGAUAAUGAUGAAAGAGUCGCCCUAAAAGGAAGAGUCGCGCUGCAAAUGGGUAGUAACGAACUGCUGAUAACAGAAUUGAUUCUCAAAAAUGUGUUGACUGUUUUACAACCGGCAGAAAUAGCAGCGUUGUUAUCAGCACUGAUCUUCCAGCAACGCACAGAAUUCGAACCUAAACUCCCACCAAACCUUACUAACGCUUGCAAGAUAAUGAGCGAGGUGCACGCGGAACUGGAGCAUCUGGAGCAAUACUAUCAACUAUCGACAUUACAACCAUUGAAUUUCGGCUUGGUGGAGGUUGUCUACGAAUGGGCGCAGGCCAAAUCAUUCGCCGAGAUCAUGAAGAUGACGGAUGUCCAGGAAGGAAUUAUCGUUCGUUGCAUACAGCAACUCGGCGAAACAUUGCAAGAUGUUAAAAAUGCGGCUGUGACGAUAGGCGACCCAGUUUUGAAAGAGAAGAUGGAGGAAGCCUCGACCGCGAUCAAACGUGACAUAGUUUUCGCCGCGUCCUUAUACACCCAAGACUGAUUACGAAUGAGCAAUUUAACUCUCAAUACUACCGGUAAAAUCAAUGUAUUUUUUAUAAAAAAAAAA